CGGACAACUUUCAAAGACGUCCGCUAAGAGUCACGCCCAGAAGUAGAUUUCAAGUGAACUCACGUGUACAACAUGAAAAACACAAAAAACUUUAACCAUGGUUCCAAAAAAGGCAAAUUUAAGCCAGGAUCCAAGACAAGAGAAAAUAAAUGCGUCGUAACGUUUAACGAUAAAGACAGACAAGAGUUUCUUGCUGGAUUCCAUAAGCGGAAGUUGGAAAGGAGAAAAGCAGCAGUGGAAGAAAUAAAAAAGAAAAUCAAGGAAGAGCAGAAAAGAGUCAGAGAUGAACGGCAUAAGGAAUAUGUAAAGAUGCUAAAGGAAAGGCAGGAAGCUCUUGCCGACACUGAGGAUGCUCUGGAAGAUGCAAUAACCAGUACAACAGAAUCUGUGCAGUAUGAUCACCCAAACCACACAGUUACUGUGACAACUAUUAGUGAUCUUGACCUCUCGGGGGCUCACGUGCUUGGAUCUACUGCAAAUCAGUCUGAAGAAGACAAAGAGGAUGAAGACAGGGGGGAAGAUGAAGAAGAGAAAGUGCAUCCUAUGCCAAAGAAAGCUGGGAAUCCAAUUGUUAACAAAAAGAUCCGCUCCCUUACAGCAGCACUCAACACUUACACGUGUAAGCGGAAGAGGAAAGGGAAGCAGGAAGGCAGAGGUGGACGUGGACGUUCAACAGACAAGAGACCUGGUGGUGUCACAGAACGUAAACACACAGGCAGAAGGACCAGCAAGGCGCAGAGACGGCGACAGACUGGGAAGAAGAUGCAUCACCGGGACUGAGAGUCUUUAUGAACCUUAUGUGAGGUUCAGCUUUUGAAAAUAACUUGAGUUUGUGUUUCAGGUGAACAAAGUGGACUUUGGAGUAUUUAUGCUUCAGUGUUGGAGGAUGUUUGUAAGCUGAGAAGUUUGUAAAAUGAAGAUGAUGUCAAUACUUGAUUGGCUACUCCCUCUUUGACACGACUAAUUUCCAAAGUGCCAACCUCUUGCAACACCAUGCACAAAUGUGUAGAUUUCUCAACUCUUUUUUUUAUAGUGUUUUUCUUUAACUACUACACAAAGUUUACUGUAUAUACCUACAUUUCAUUAAACUAAAUGAUAAUA